CAUUGCAUGUAACAGACCACCCUCAGGCAAAGGUAUUUUCUCGCAUGUUUUGACACUGUUCGAAAGCCCUCGAAACGUGCUGUCGAAUGAUAUAUAUUUCGACGCAUUACUGCGCAGCUGUCGUGAAAUGACUAUGAAUUAUGAUGUAAAAGAGGUCAGAAAAAUCAGUUUUCUGAUUUUUGCGCUGCCGACAAAAUAUAAAGUUUUUUUCACUGGAUUUCGUUGAAAAACAUUUUUUCGUAUCAUUAGGAAGCAUUCUGUGAGGAAAUGAGAGCAAAUUUGCCGUGGGCCGAUUUCGGGUCUUAUCGACCCCCGUCCUUUUGGAUUAACUCUCUCCGAGAUAUGAAUCUUUCAAAACAUACAACUUCUAUAAAAAAUUGCCAAUAUUUUGAAAGAUUCAUAUCUCGGAGAGAGCUUAUCCAAAACUUCUGAAAUUUUUUCUGUAAGUUAGUCUCAUUGAGACCUUCAUGCUUACAAAGUUUCGGGUCCAAAUUCGAAAAUAUGAUUUUGUUGGGAAAGCGAGUCCUGGAGAAAAAAUUCACUGAAAAAUCAAAUAUCUCUAUCCAGGUAAGCCAUCAGCAGCUCAUAUUUUAAAUGCGUUAGUUUCUCAGUGAACGUGAUCAUUUGCACCCCACCCGGUCGUCCAUCUCGCUUGACAGUACAAACAGGUCCAUUGUGGAAGAAUAACAAUUGGAAGCAUGAAAAUAAUGUAAAUACUUUCGAAUUGUUUUAAAAUAUGUUUCUUCAAUUCCAUAGCGUCUUUAUAGGCAUAAAAUACUUGACAAAUAGAGUAACUGCAAAGAAAACGAGCAUACAAACUUACGUAUAUAGUUUUCCUUUCUUUCCACUGUGAAAGAAUUUUGAAUGCUCAAGUUAGAGCUGGAAUUCUAAAUUUAGGUGUACAUGCCGAAAAGAUACAUCAAUUUUGUGAUCUUCAUAGUUUUUAAAAGACAUGACUAAGUUUGUUGAUAAUUUAGGUACAAAAUACUAAUAUCAGUUCAACAACAGGCAUCCCACUCAACAUAGGAGAAGAUCCCGCUUCAACAUCGAACAUGGGAAUGCAAAACGAACAAAACAACUUUGUGAUUAACGUUGAACCAUCUUCAGCUACUCAACACGUAGUUAAUACAACUAGUAUAGCUUCCAUUGCUGCUGUGGAAGAAAGUUUAAUGAGUGUGAUUACAUUAUUCAUUGUGAUCACUUCAACCGUUGCUGCCAUUUGCAUGGUCGCUGGAAGUAUUACGGUAUCGAGAUUCGGUCCUAUAACGACAGUAUGUCCGCAUAUAGCUUGUACAGCUUUUCCAUCCGUUCUAAAUCCUUCAUCGAAUUAUCAGGUCGAACAUCUCGAUUUUAAUUGUUCUCAAUCUCUUAUUAACAUGACUAUUAUUCAAGUUGUGCAGCGUGGGCGCAAUGAGACUAAUGCUCAACAAUAUCAAACAUUUUGGAAUUCUUCAACGAAUAUGACAUUUGUUCAAACUUUAACAGAAAUAAUUUACAUAUGGUAUUCUUUGCCAGGGAUGUACAUUGUGGAAGCAAGUUUUCCUCAUUUUGUUGAGGCACAAUUUUAUUACACUAGUGGUUCAACACGUGUCACAAGUAAUGAUACAUGGCAAAUAUGGGCUCAAUCUAGUUGUCGAGAGCUUAUAUACCUUUCUGGAACUUUCUAA